GAGAUGAUAACCAAACUUAUUCAAGUGACAAUUUUUUUUACACGUGUUAGUCAGUUCUUUUGCACGUGCUAUUAACACUUUCAUUCAUAAAUUCAACUUCCAGGCGAAGUGGAAAAAUUGGAGAAAAGAGCUUAAUAUAACUGCAACUGACAAUCCAAAAACCUCAUAUAAAAAAACGCAGAGGAGAGUCCUAGGGUUUCCAAUCUCGCGAAAUUCGAUCAAUCAAAAUGGAAAUGGAAGGAGUGAGCAAUGGAGGGAUGUUGUACCACGAGGUACAAGAGGCCAAGCUAUGCGCCGUACAUUGCGUUAACACAGUGUUACAAGGACCUUUCUUUUCAGAAUUCGAUUUGGCGGCGCUUGCUUCCGAUCUCGAUUCAAAAGAACGCCAGAUGAUGCAAGAGGGAAACUUCUUCACCUCAUCCGUUGGUGAUUACCUCUCCGCCGAGUCCCAUAAUGUGUCCUUAGGCGGUGAUUUUAGUAUCCAGGUUUUACAAAAGGCUUUAGAGGUGUGGGAUUUGCAGGUCAUUGCCUUUGACAGUCCAGUUGCUGAGCAUGCGCAGAUUGACCCUGAUCUAGGAAAUGCAUUUAUUUGUCAUUUGCAUGAUCAUUGGUUCUGCAUUAGGAAAGUGAAUGGGGAGUGGUAUAACUUUGACAGCCUCUAUGCAGCUCCGCAACACUUAUCCAAGUUUUACCUUGCAGCCUGCAUGGAUUCUUUUAAAGAUUCUGGCUGGAGCAUUUUCCUGGUGAUAGGAAACUUCCCAAAAGAGUUUCCCAUUGAAUCCUCUGAAGCUCCCAACGGUUAUGGACAGUGGCUGUCUCCUGAAGAUGCUGAGAGGAUUACUAAAUCCUGCAACACAACAGAGUCUCCACAGACAAUCGAUUCCACUCAACAGGCAUAUCAAGAAACUCUGUUAAAAAAAUAAGACCAGAACUUGAAAGCUGCAUUAGCUGCCAGCAAGAUGGAAUCUUCCCAAAGCCGUGGCUAGGGUGGAAACCAGUAGUCCUCAAAAUGACGAGGAAGAUACCGAAGAUGGCAAUGAAGAUAGAAAGACAAAAACACACAAUAAGAACUAUUCAUUUGCAUUUAAUUUGCAAUGAAAACUCAUUUGCAAACAAAAAGGUUUUGAGUUACAAGAAGGCAAGAAUUUAAUUUUCAUUUGAUUAGAAAAUAAUGCUCACUGCUAGAUUUGAUAGUUUACUGACAAAAUUUUCUGUUGGUAUGUACAUUUAUAGUUUGUUGAUACUUAUUUUACCGAUGGGAUUAUGAACAAAAGCAAUCCAUCCAAAAACUAUUGUUGUUAAUUUAUGGUAUGUCAGUAAUAAAUUUACCGAUCGAUAAA